GAGGAGGAUGAGGAGGAGGAGGAGGAUGAGGAUACACUGUCAAGACGAGCUCAAUAUCCUGGAACGAUUUGACGUUUUAAAUAUGUGCUGCGCAAAGGUUGUCAUUUUCCUUCAGGGAACGGCUUGUACGUAGAAGAUGAAUCUACAGUCUUCAUUUUCCGUCCUUUCCUGUUCUCCCACUUGCCACUACAUAACAAUGUUAGCUGGCUAACUAGCAAAAAUAGAGGAACUAAAUCGGAUUAUCUUGUAACGGCGGCACCCUUCGCUCUAGGUAAUAUCCAGGUUUUUUUGUUUUUGCAAUAGUUGACAGCGAUUGCAAAGCAAAAGGAGCUCGCUCUUCGUGUUUAUAUACUUCUGUUCCUGCAAAUAUUUACACCGUAAUUAUUCUCCAGCACUCACGCUGCCGCAAGUAAACUAGCACACCACAAAGAGCUGGAGCUCCUUACCUUACCUUUUAUUAUUUAUUUUUUUUGUCACUGUUUGUUGGAAAAAUCAGGAUUUAAACCGAAAGUCAAGACCACGAAACCGAUGUGCUACUUUGUAUCAAGCUAGCCGGAGGAGAACAGUACAAUAUUUCAACUGCGAAAUACAAACGAAGCGAAGAUGUCAGGAAAGGAUAAAGAUAAACCAGAGAAACAGUCCACAACGGAGCGGCUCAUUAAAGCUGUGCCGUACCCCCCACAACAUAAAUUGACCAUAAAAGAGCUUUUUGAAGAUGGAAAGCCCAAUGCAGAGCUGCUACGUAACCACCUCGUCAAAGAGGGCAGGGUGGAGGAAGACGUGGCGCUAAGGAUCAUCAACGAUGGAGCCAACAUCCUUCGCCAAGAGAAGUGCAUGUUGGAAGUGGAAGCACCAAUUACAGUAUGUGGUGAUGUCCAUGGCCAGUUCUUUGACCUUAUGAAGUUAUUCGAAGUGGGGGGAUCACCUAGUAAUACAAGGUAUCUCUUCCUUGGAGACUACGUAGAUCGAGGAUACUUCAGCAUUGAGUGUGUUCUCUACCUCUGGUCACUCAAGAUCAACCACCCUACCACACUCUUCCUCCUGCGAGGGAACCAUGAGUGCCGCCACCUCACAGAGUACUUCACCUUCAAACAGGAAUGUAAAAUUAAGUACUCAGAAAGGGUCUAUGAUGCCUGUAUGGAGGCCUUUGACUGCCUGCCCCUUGCUGCCCUGCUUAACCAACAGUUCCUGUGUGUACACGGUGGCCUCUCACCAGAAAUUAACUGCCUUGACGACAUAAGGAAAUUAGAUAGAUUUAAAGAGCCUCCAGCAUUUGGGCCAAUGUGUGACCUGAUUUGGGCCGACCCUGGUGAGGACUAUGGCAGUGAAAAGACAACGGAACACUUCAACCAUAACUCUGUCAGAGGCUGUUCCUACUUUUUCAGUUACUCAGCAGUCUGUGACUUUUUGGUAAAUAAUAACUUGUUGUCAGUAAUUAGAGCCCAUGAAGCCCAAGAUGCAGGUUAUCGGAUGUACAGAAAAAGUCAGACUACUGGCUUCCCUUCGUUAAUUACAAUCUUUUCAGCUCCAAAUUAUCUUGAUGUAUACAACAACAAAGCUGCUGUUUUAAAAUAUGAGAACAACGUGAUGAAUAUUCGACAGUUCAACUGUUCCCCCCACCCUUACUGGUUACCUAACUUUAUGGAUGUCUUCACAUGGUCUUUGCCAUUUGUUGGAGAAAAAGUGACAGAGAUGUUGGUGAAUGUGCUCAACAUUUGCUCUGAUGAUGAGCUCAUGUCAGAGGGAGACGAUCUAUAUGAAGGUGGUACCACAGCGAUGCGCAAGGAGGUAAUCCGGAACAAGAUCCGUGCAGUUGGGAAAAUGGCUCGAGUCUUCUCAGUCCUCAGGGAAGAGAGUGAGAGUGUAUUAACUCUCAAAGGCCUGACCCCGACUGGAACUCUUCCCAUGGGAGUGCUGUCAGGUGGAAAGCAGACAUUACAGACAGCUACUAUUGAGGCAGCUAAAGCAAAAGCCAUCCAAGGCUUCUCUCCCACGAGGAAGAUUCGUAAUUUCGAGGAGGCACGGGGCCUGGACAGGAUAAACGAGAGGAUGCCGCCUCGCAAAGAUGCCCAGCAGCCGGACGGCACAACAAUCAACAGCGGCGCGCCCAACAAGAACGGCACUGACGGAUAGGCCUUCGAAACCGCACAUUUCCAUUCUACCGCAGCCCACCUCAUCGCCGCCAAUCCCGCUCCACCUCGCUUUCCUUUCCCCCCCCACCCCCAUCUUCCGCGUGCAUGCCGUCGGGUGGGGGAAAGGAAGCAGACACAUUGGUGGUGAAAAGACAAAAGGAGUCCACACUGGUAGCAAAAGCUUCUGGGUAAAAAAGACAAACAAUCAUUGGGGAAUCUUAUUUAUUAAAGAAAUAUAUUAGAUGUGUAACAGCAGCCGGUGAUGGAAUGAAGACAUUUGGCAAUUUGUCCAAACUUUUGCUAGACACUGAAGUCCACACUUUUACAUGUCACAGUUAUACAGGUUAGAUAGAAAAAGACAAAUUUAGAAAUUUGAUUUGGUAAGAUGAAGCUUUAGCCUCCUUCAGUCUUUUUUAUUUGUUGUUAAUGUGUGUGGCAAUGGAGAAGUUGAAGUAUGAAUUGUAUAGCCCCAGCAUGCCCACUUUGAAGUUUUUGUCGGGAUAUCAAGUGGGCUACGCUGCUUAUAGUGGAUGGGGGGAGUACUAUUUUAUACCGUAAACAGAAAUGUGAUGUCUUAUUUAUGAAAUUUUCACAAAACUUUGAUGAAGCCCAAAGAUGUGGGAAGUAUUUUGUUCUCUCUGAUUAACGCUAUCCUGGAUUAUCUUUUGUGAAUUGAAACCAUUUUAAAAUGAAGAUACAUGCUUUUUUUGUGCUGUAGGCCUAAUAGUUGUUCACGUGACGGCAGCGAGGACGUUGGCUUUCAUCGAAAUCAAAUUAGAAGCUGUGGAGCACAGAACAGUACCGCACAGCACGGCUCGCUCCGUCUGUCACCAUCCUGGAUGGAAGCACAUCAAGAAACUUCAUCCAAAAACAGGUUUAAACAAAAGAGGACACAUUUGCCCAAAGAAGCCGAGGAGCCAUUGGGCAUUCUCGCUCACUCUGGAAAAACCGACUUUUAUUAAUGAGUGGGGAAAAAAAAUCAGUAUUUAAACGAAAUACAGCGGUUUAAACUGCUGCUUUAUUGUCAAACAUGUUUGUAGGUCCUAUUGUUAUUUUACUAAAGCUGUAUAACUGUCUCCAUUUACUGUUAAUUAUACAGUAUGCAGAUGUGUGCGCGCGCGCUUUUUUAAAAGAAAUUGUGACUACUCAGUUGAAUAAGGCUUCUAAACGAGUGCAAUUGGAGACACAGUAGACUGACGUUCAUAUGCGGACGUCUGGCAAGGCUUAGCAGUACCGGUACUGUAGUCAUCUUCGGGUCGCUCAUUCGCCACCUCACGUAUGUUCAUUUUUACUAGCCACUUGAUAUGCGCUGUGAUUUCCUGGUGUUUGUGAUGUUUUCCUGUGGCUUGGCUCACACUUUCGCUUCUUCACUGGCACCCAACAACCCUUUAAAACUUGCUUUUACCUUUCACUAGAGCAACAACGGAGGAGGAGUUGGGCCACUUAUAUGUGCAAUAUUUGUUUGUUUUUUUAAAAAGGGAAAACAAAACAAAAAUCUUGGUUUUAGGAAUAUUUCUUUCUCCUAUACUGUAUAUACGAUGCUUAACAAUUAUUUUGCAGGUAUGUUCAUAUGUGGCCCAGAGCCUCCUCUCACAUUUCAACUGGUGCUGUCAAAUACCCAGUGCUUGCUUUCUGGCACUUCAGUCGGGGGGGGGGGGGAUUUGCUAUCUUGAUAUAAAAUGUUCCUAAUUUGAAUUUGAUCAGUUGUGCCAUGCCGCUGGACACACUUGAAGAGCUGUACAUGUGUGGAUGGCAAACAGAGUCAAGCCAUGCAACAUUAUCCAAUACAAGUCAAGUAUUCUACUUUGCUCUUAUGUUCACGACAUUUCAGUAAAAGCCCAAAGUAUUGAGUUCUAAGUUAAUCUUGUCCGUUUAGUGUUUGUUUAAAAAGGUAAGGCUUUAUUGAGUGAUCUGCACGGUAUACUGACCUGUUUGGUCUUAUACUGUACAUAUCUUGCAGAAUGAAAAAAAAAAAUACUGCUAUUAAAAGAAAUCUUAUAAGGGUAAAAAAGUGUUCCAUACUUAUCAU